CUCAUUACGGCGCUGCUGGUUCAAAUAAUUGAGUGAAAUAACUGGAGCGGAGACACACAAUGGAGGAGAGUACGGCACCGAGACGCAGCUGAAACGCUCCUCUGCGUGUUACACAGCGAGCAGCGUCCGUCUGGUGUCACAAGACAUCACUAAUAGUUUGGAUAGUCUCGUCUCCUUUUUUCUUUUUCAACCGUUUCUUGCCGAAAAGUGAGUCCGGACCUUAAAGCUGCACCACAUAAAGAGGUCAUCAUGCCUCCCACGACCCCGUACGCCGGGAAGUUCAGCUCCUGCGCUCCUUACGGCAACAACAACAACCACCCUCAGCCCCAGAGCCCGUAUCGCAGCAACUCCGUCCCGAAGCAGUCGAGGGAGAACGUCUACAACGGCGCCUGCUCCGCCGCCGACAACCCCUACGACGUGCCGCAUCACCACAGCGCCUACCGCAGCGCCUCCGUCUCCUCUGUGACCUCCAAGGAGCACCACUACAACAGCAGCUGCGCCGUCUCGGAGAACCCGUACUCCUCGCCGCAGCCCCACAGCCCUCGCCAGCACAGCACUUCCUGUCCGGGCCGAGCGUACCGCCACACCAGCAGCAGCAGCGGCAGCGAGCAGUCCUGCCGCAACAACGCGGCGGCGGCGGCGAAAGCUCGGCUCUACGGGCACGGCAUCACCGCCAGCUACGGGGAGAUGUGUUACCAUGACAAUAGUUUGGUCUCAGCUUCUCUUGAGGCGCUGAUCCAGCACCUGGUUCCCACAGUGGACUACUACCCUGAUAGGUCAUAUGUGUUCACCUUCCUGCUGAGUUCGCGCCUCUUCCUGCACCCGUACGAGCUCAUGACCCGGGUUUGUCACCUGUGUGUGGAGCAGCAGCGGUCCGGAGAUGCCCUGCUGGAUAAGAUCCGUUUCCGUGAAGUGGCGCCGAAGCUGGUGCAGCUCUUAACCGAGUGGACGGAGACGUUCCCGUACGACUUCAGGGACGAGAGGAUGAUGCGCUGCCUCAAGGACAUGACGCACCACGUGGCGCGAGGAGAUGAGUAUUCUUGGCGAGCCAUGCAGCAGAUGACCCAGCGUCUCAUCAAGCGCCUGUCGGCCCUCGGACAGUACGAGGAGGCCGUGGCGGCGCUCAACGCCGUGGCCAUGGAGCGGCCCGCCUCCCUCAAGAGCAAGCAGGGCUCGGCUCAGCGGAACGACGUACUGAGCGUGUGCGACGACCCCUUCGUGCUCGCCCAGCAGCUAACGCACAUCGAGCUGGAUCGACUGAGCUUCAUCGGUCCGGAGGAGUUCAUCCAGACGUUCGCUAUGAAGGAUCCUCUGGAGAACCAUAAGGGUUUCUUCCGGAAGCGUAAAACCAGCAACCUGGAGGCCUACGUCAACUGGUUCAACAGGCUGAGCUACCUGGUGGCCACAGAGAUCUGCAUGCCGGUGAAAAAGAAGCACAGAGCGCGGAUCAUCGAGUUCUUCAUCGACGUGGCUCAGGAGUGUUUCAACAUCGGCAACUUCAACUCUCUCAUGGCCAUCAUCACUGGAAUGAACAUGAGUCCUGUCGCCAGGCUGAAGAAAACCUGGAACAAAGUCAACACGGACAAGUUUGAAAUCCUGGAGCACCAGAUGGACCCGUCCAGUAACUUCAGUAACUACCGCACGGCGCUCCGCGGCGCCACCCAGAGGUCCGAGAUGGCGCACAGCAGCCAGGAGAAGAUUGUGAUUCCGUUCUUCAGCCUCCUCAUCAAGGACAUCUACUUCCUGAACGAGGGCUGUGCCAGCAGGCUGCCCAACGGACACAUCAACUUUGAGAAACUGUGGGAGCUCGCAAAACAAGUGAGCGAGUUCCUGGUGUGGCGUCAGGUCAUCUGUCCGUUCGACAGGGAUCGCCGGAUCCUUCAGUAUCUCGUCACCACGCCUGUUUUCAGCGAAGACGAGCUGCAUCUGGCCUCGUACGAGAGCGAAGGACCCGAGAACAACAUGGAGAAGGACAGCCGAAGGUCUCUCAGAUCUUCCCUCCUCCAUCGAGAGAAUCGAUCCUAAGAGGAAGACGACCUCUCCUAGACUGUAAAUGAAUGAGGCGUCUGAACGCUACAGAUUCCUCCUCACGGACGCAUUUUGACACGUUUGUGGCCAAUGUUCAGGUCUUGAACUUACACACUGAUCUGCGAGAGAGCGAGAACAGCUGGGACCACAUGCAUAAUUACAAGGAGCAUAAAUGAUUUGUAUAUCAGAUACUGAAAUCCAUCCAGUGCCAAAGAAUCCCAGUGCUGUAGACGUUCUGACCCUCUGUGCUGGAGAGUUUUCACAGACUGAACCUAAUGAUUCUCAGGAGGAGCCUGGAUCAUUGAUUUAAUCAUCAGCCGCGCUUCUUCUUCUUGGACAUCAGCUCUGUCCGAGGCACUUACAGGAAGUGAGAGACUGCAGAUUGGGUUUCUAUCUCCUGUGGACGUCCAUCAUGGCGACGCUAACGUGGAAGGACUCUUACUUUGGAGGACCUGAUGGUUGCAACACUAGCACUGCUGCUCAGCGGAGGGAGGAGACGUGAAAGGAAAACAUCGAUCUGUAUUAUAUUUAACGGGCUGACAACCGCUUUUAGAAGUGGCGUCGCUGCUGCUUGUUGUUUCGUUGAGUGCUUCAGAACCCCCACUUCACACGGUCAUUUCUAAACACUUCCCCAGACGGUUGGUUUUACAUGUGAUUCGUGCACUUUGGCUCUAACGGUGAUGCUGACGGCGACGUCGUUCUAAUCAUGCUAACGAUGCACUUCAGUGUGAUGACCUCUAGGAUCUGGUGAGCCCGGGUCGUAGGCGUCUCUCUUUACUAUAGUAUUAAGUCGUAUUUUGUAUCAGAAGGUUGACAAAGUGUUUGUUUUUUUUAACGUACUUUCUCUGAAGUGUCACCGUGAGCUUGUUGCUGGUUGGCUGGCUCUGUGUUGGUAAGCUACAGUAUUUUGUGAAUGCAGCACCAGUCUGAGAACAUGUGGUUGUUUUUUAUUUUCUGUUUGGUGUGAAUGAAGCUCGAGUAGAAACAGGAACUUUAUCCUCCUCUUCAUCUCUGUGGUGACGUGACCCUUUAAAAUCCUGCUACGAGUGAAAGUGAUGCUACGUUUUUUUAAAUGUUUUAAAUACGCUCAUUUUACGUUUCAUUUUAUAAGUGUUUUCUAUCAUACAGUAUAUGCUUUUUUCUAAAUAUCUUCUUUUUUUCGUGUAUCAUUGUGUCGCCGGUCAGGGUACUUGUACUGAAAAGUCUUUGUGAAAAGAGAAUUAUAUUUUUUCUUUCAAAUAAAUAGAACAACAGAA